AUGUCGUCCAGCAUCAUUGCCCGCCUACCAACAAUCCCCGAAAUCCGACAGAGAACCCAAGCUGUUCUGAAGCGCCUCCCGUGUUUAUGGCAGGCCGAAGUCUGCCGCGAACAACUGAGAGGAGAGAAGGACGUAUUAUGCAUUGCACCAACCGGACUGGGGAAAACCCUCACCUUUUGGAUGCCUCUCCUGUUCCGCGAGGACGGGAUCCAAAUUGUUGUCACACCACUCAACCUUCUCGGCACCGAGAACGUUGCGGAGCUUGAGAGCCAUGGGUUCCGAGCAUGUGAGGUGCGCGCAGAGACUGCAACACCGAAGCUCUUCCAGGCAAGAGAAAUAGAAGAUGGCAAAUACCGUGUGGUGAUCGCCAACCCAGAAGAAUUGAUGAAGGACGGCGGUGGAUUCGAGAAGCUGUGGAAGAAGGAACACUUCACGUCACGGAUCAUCAGUAUGGUCUGGGAUGAAGCUCAUUGCAUCAGCACCUGGAAUUCGUUCCGAGCUGACUACAAGAAGGCUUACCGCAUUCGUUAUAUGCUUCCGAAGCUGCGGUUCCUGCUUGCAAGUGCAACAUUUGACACAGACAUCAAGAAUGAUGUGUUCAAGACAAUGCACAUCUCACCACGGACCUGCGCCAUCUUUCAGCGCUCUAACGACCGACCAAAUGUUCACCUUGAAGUUCGCCGCAUUCAGCACGCGCUCCACACCUAUGCCGACCUUGAUUUCAUCUUCCCGCACAACUGGAAACCAGGUGAUGACCUACCACGGUUCCUUAUCUUCUUCGACAGCAUCGAGGACUCAAUCUCAGCUGCGGAGAAGCUACGUAGCCGGCUCCGAGGAUCUGCGAGACACAAGAUCGUCUGGUUCAAUUCACGUAUGACGUCAGCCUUCCGCGAAGACUGCCUGAACAGUUACAAAAAUGGAGACAUAUUUGGGCUAUGUUGUACUGAUUCUUUCGGCAUGGGUAUCAACGUUGCAACAAUCGAGCUAGUCAUUCAAUGGCGCGUCACAUGUGACCUGCGAACACUAUGGCAGCGUUUUGGGCGCGCUGUGCGGGACUUGACGCGCAACGGUGUGGCGAUCCUAUUCGUCGAAGGUAAAUAUUUUGACGAGGAGAAGGAGAAAGUGGUAGCGCGGGCUGAGAAGGCAAAGGAAACACGAAAACGGAAGGCGGCUGGAGCGCCGCCAGGAAGCCCUCGCCGCGCAAAGAGUGAGAACGAGGACCAGGCGGGAGCAAUUGCGUCAAGGCGUGGCAGAGAGAACAUGAUGCCAACAGAUGGCAUGCUCACCGGACAUGCAGCAAGACAGAGUGCUCCGACCCGCAACCUGGACGAGUUGCGUGCAGAGUUCAAAGCUGAGCGGAAACCGAAGGCAAGCUUCUCAAAGAAGCGAGCGGCGGAUGAUGUGAUAUCUCCGGAGAUGGAUGCACUGAUCAACGCAGCGACACGCCCGCAAUACGGGUGCUACAGAACUCCGGUUAUGGCCUUCUAUGCCAAUGACAAAACGGUCUCAGACCACCUGCAAUGCUGUCCUGAUAUCGCUUCUGGCUGUGGACGCUGCGCUGCAGCACCCUCCCAAAUCUGCUGCUCCCUAUGCUCUCCCGACAACACUCUCUUUGCUAGGUACCGCCCCAUUGCACCUCUUCCAGCCACGUCAGCGCCGAAGAAAGCGAGAGCAGCGCCUCGGCAAUGCUCAACAAAACGCGAUCUCACAACUGCGCUUGAUAGAUUCCGCGUCGCUCGCGCGGAAGCAGAGUAUGGCAUUGCAGCACACUCCCUUCGCGCCGAAAAUCUAAUCUUGCCGGAGACGGUGCUUGCGCGGCUGGUCGACUGCGCGAGUGUCAAGAAGAUAGGGUCUCUCAGUGACAUGAAGCGUGAGACCAAAUGGCCGGCAAACAGGGUGGACAAGUAUGGGGAGUCGGUGCUCGAGAUCCUGCUGCGCCACUUCCCCCUUUCCCUUCCCCUGACAUCGACACCUCUCGCAAUCCGUACCCCGGGUGGAAGCCGUACCUCUGGCCCAGCCACCACUCGUGUGGUUGCGCCGCGCAAGUGCAGUGCAUGCGGUCAGCCAGGGCACAACAGUACGUCUCUAGUCCUUAUGUUGUUCACUUUGCAGUGUUUAUGA